GUCGAUGGGAAGAACAUCCAAGUUCUACCGGAUAAUCUUGCUUACCUACUCACUCCUAUUGCUAUUGGUUACUGGCUUGCCUCCGAUGGGUCAUACUCCCAACGUGACGCUGUAGUUACUAUCUAUACUGAUUCGUUUAGCCCUGAUGAGGUAGGUUUACUCCGAGGGAUUUUGCUUGAGCGGUAUGGCAUCCUUUCUACACGAUACUCGAAUGCUCACGUGUUAUGGGAAUUCAGCAAUGGAAUUGGCUCAAGGGAAGACCAUAAGCUAAUAAGAGACCCGCUUAGCUUAAAGGCAGAGCAAGCUACUUCUAAUAGCAAGGAACAG